AAUUACAUAUCCUGCCAACCAACUGCACGAAGGAGGGGUCCGGGAGAGGACUGACUGACUCACGUACUCAGGGCAGGGGUGGAGAUUCACCACUCCAAACCGUGUAUCGCUCGCAUUCAACAAGGGGGGAAGCUAUUAUCUAGCAAUUUCAAAACAAGUUUGCUCGUACAAUGUGAGGAAAAUGACCGAAGCAAGCUCUGACUGGGUGGAGAUCCUGGAGCCCCGCUCCAGGGAGCGCAUGUACGUGAACCUGGAGACGGGCGAGUGCGGCUGGGACCGCCCCGCCGGCGUGCCCGUGCGCCAGUCCGACGGCAACCAGUGGUGGGAGCUCUUCGACAGCAACAACAACCGCUUCUACUACUACAACUCGGUCAGCCAGCAGACGGUGUGGCACCGGCCCCAGAACUGCGACGUCGUGCCCCUGGCCCAGCUGCAGGCCAUGAAGCGCAGUUCCGAGUCCGAACUGCGGGGGCACUCCGGCAAGCUGCGGACGGGCGCGGGCGGGGAGGGCCGGCGCACCCCCUUGCUGGGAGCCGGCCCCGGAGCCUACGUCGUGCCCCCGCCUCAGGAACUAGAGAGCAGCGGAAGGGAGACCCCCUCUAAGGGCAGAACCGACAGCCUGGACAGCAAGAAGGACGCUGGCAGGGAACCCGCACAGAGAUGGCAGCCAGCUCCUGGGUCGAAGGCAGCCAUGUUGGUGAAGGUCAACAGCAUUGGCAGGAACCAGGCAGCGGGACCCACUAGUGCCCUGCAGCUCGCCCACCAAAAGAACGGCAGCACUGCGAACUCUCCUGGCAGCCGUCCGGUGGGGGGCUACGUGUACCCGGGUCAGGCCGACAAAGCCACCCCUUCUGGAAAGAUGGCGGCGCCCGUGGACUCCAGGCAGGCGCUCCACCUGAAGAAGGCGGAUAACGGAAACUUCUGCUUGGUGAUGCCCAGCAGCGGCAGCUCUCCGUCCGGUCCCGCCUACCAGGCCCCUCUCCGCCCCCAGGCCAGCUCCUCCCGGCCCUCGUCGCCCCAGUACGGCGCCACGCCGCCCAUCUACGACGAGCCGCCCAUGGAGUCGCCCAUCUACGACGAGCCCCCGGUGGAGAUGGAGGUGGAGGGAGCGCACGUCGCGAGCCGGCCCUCCCCGGCCCACUUCACCCCCACCCACAGCCUGCAGAAACAGGGGCAGCAGCAGCCCAAACUGCUGCAGUACCCCCCCUCCCACCUCAGCUCCAAGCACAAGAGGACCCCCUCCGCCACCGAGUACAGCCCCGCCGGUCGGGAAUGCAUCAAGCACAUGGUCAACGUGGACCCCGGCGCCUCCAAACCGGGCGCCCUGCCGGGCUCCCCCGCCCCGGCCGAGCUCCCGCCGGGCCCCGCCAAGACCCCGCAGAAGGAGGUGGCGCUGGAAAAGAAGCAGUCCUGGAGGAUGCUGGAGGCCAACGUGCUGAAGAGCAUCGAGGCGCGGCACAGCCGGCAGAACAGCCUGGCCUCCCAGGAGUACCCGGCCGCCGCCACCGUCAACUACCAGGACUCGGGCUACUCCACGGGCCCCUCGCCCAGCCUGCGCCGCAAAAACCGCCGCCGGCAGAUGGCGGGACAGGGCCGGCCCGGCUCGGUGGGCAGCAGCGGGGAGCUCAACGCCCUCAACGAGAAGCUGAUGGCGGAGAUGCGGGCCGUGGUCAGCCGCUCCAACACCGUGCGGGGGAGCAAGGCCAGCCUGGACACCGAGAUGUCCGAGAACUCCAUCCCCCGAGCGCGCUCCCCGCUGGACUCCCUCAAGAAGUACGCGGGGCGCGGCGGGGGCAGCCGCGGGGGCUCGCGCGAGGACCUCUCCGCCAGCAACCGCUCCCUGCACCGGGCCGGUAACCACGGCGACGUGCCCCUCUCUCCCCUGGCGUCCGAAGGGAUGGGCAGGCAGAAACGGACCUACGAGAAGGUGGACUCCCUCGAAAAAAGCGUAACCAGCCAGAUAAGCCUGUCCUCCCCCGAGCCUCCCAGGUCCCCUUCCCAGGCAGGAACACUGGAAUCCAAGGGUCAGUUGGAUAACGGGUCUCAGGCUGGCGGCACCGUGCGAAGCGGCACGCUGGGCUCCCACCACGCCGGCACCGCGGGCGCGGGGGGAGGGGGGUACCAGUUCCCCUACGCCACCCUGUGCAAGCCGCCUCCCGACAUCAACAUGGCGGACUGGGCCAGCAAGAACCUGAACAUGCACACGCAGGGCAUCUUCCGCCGCCGCGUGUCCAUCGCCAACAUGCUGUCCUGGAACCGGGGCUCCAUCAAGAAGCCCAUGCUGAUCACCAGCGACCGCGCCGUCAAGAAGGAGGCCUGCGAGAUGUUCAAGCUGGUGCAGGCCUACAUGGGCGACCGGCAGGCCCGGCUGGACCGGCGGCACGUGGCCCUGCUCAUCGUCACCAAGUGCUGGAGCAUGCAGGGGCUGCGGGACGAGCUGUACGUGCAGCUGGUGCGGCAGACCACCGACAACCUGAGCCUGCGCAGCCUGGCCGCCGGCUGGGAGCUGAUGGCCAUCAGCCUGGCCUUCUUCUCCCCCUCGCCCAAGUUCCGCCGCUACCUGGAGGGCUACAUCCAGAGGCACCUGGAGCCCGGCCACGACAAGAAAAGUGAGUCUGAGCCUGACGUAAUGCAACACAUAAUGGAGCAACAGGACAUGAAGAACAAGAAGAACUCAAAGUCCAGGAAGAAGAGGAAACAGAACAAUGAAGAGGAAGAAGAUGAGGGGUUGCCCAUCAGCACAUAUGCAAAGUACUGCUACCGCAAGCUGCAGAAAGUGGCUGUGACUGGAGGUAAAAAGGGCCUUCGGAAGCCCACCCUGGAGGAGAUCGACCACGGCAGGAACGCCAUCGUGACGCCCUCGCUGUUCGGCAGCGCCCUGGAGGAGAUCAUGGAGCGGCAGCACGAGCUCUUCCCCAGCAGGAAGCUGCCCUGGGUGCAGGUGCAGCUGUCGCAGUGCGUGCUGGCACUGGGCGGGGCCCAGACGGAGGGCAUCUUCAGGGUGCCAGGAGACAUUGACGAGGUGAAUGCACUGAAACUGCAGGUGGAUCAGUGGAAAAUCCCGGAAAAUAUGUCUGAUCCCAAUGUCCCAGCCUCCCUGCUGAAGCUGUGGUACCGUGAGCUGGAGGAGCCUGUGAUCCCGCAGAGCUUCUACAGACAGUGCAUCACUAACUACGAGGACCCAGAGGCAGCCAUCAGCGUGGUGCAGUCCCUGCCAGAGCUCAGCCGACUGGUGCUGUGUUACUUCAUCCACUUCCUGCAGGUGUUUGCCCAGCCAGUCAAUGUGAGCAAAACCAAGAUGGACGUCAACAACCUCGCCAUGGUGAUGGCACCCAACUGCCUGCGCUGCCAGUCAGAUGACCCGCGGGUCAUCUUUGAGAACACGCGCAAGGAGAUGUCCUUUCUGCGCAUGCUCAUCGUACACCUGGACACCAGCUUCAUCAAGGGCAUCGUGUGAGAGGGGACCCCCAGCCACCCCUGCCCUCUCGUCCCUGCCCGGUGCCUGUCCUCCGCUCCACUCUCUGGUCUCCCAUGCCGCCUCAUCCGUCACUGCCGCAGUCUGGAGUUCUGGGAGUCAUGUAUAUUUACUGGAUCUUUGUUCAUUUUCUCCAUUCAUAUUUUAAAUAAUCUUUGGACCAAGGGGACCUUAGAUGAGAAAACUGUUGUCAUGCAGGUCAUCUCCCAAUGUCCACAAACACUGGACUGUGCUGUUAAAGUUCAUCAUAUGAAGUGUAUUGUGAAUAGACAAUAAUGCACGAGCAGUGUAAAAAGCAUCAAAGUUUGUUUGUUUUGUUUUUCUUUUUUAUGUGCGAGUAAUAUCUAUUUUAAUCUGUUAUUUCUGUGGUGGUUGUGAGUGGUGCCUCUUGCACUGAUACCAUCCAAACUGGCACACAUCAUGGAAUGGCCAUGUAAUAUAACCAUUGUCUGUUUGUUUUCGUUUUGUUUUUAAGAAAUAUGUAUGAAAGCAGUGAUUCUCUUCUUAUUAUAAUUUAAUUCUGAUUGGUUUGGUUUUUAUUUAAUUUAACUUUUGGGUAAAGCGAGCUGGAGACGCGGGGUGAAAGGGCUUGUGCCCAGUUCAGGGGGGCUUGCCAGGAGCAAACGCUGAGCAACUGCCUGUCUCUUGGCACCUCACGGGGAACCUAUUUAUUUUCUCUCCAGCACCACUACUAUGGAAAAGCUGUUGACCGGAACCAUUGACCACUGCAGCCAGGCUGAGGCCUGUGCUUUGUGUGGGAGAGUGAAAGGCCUUGUCUGUACACACGAGUGUAAACAACCAUGGGUAAAACCGUGAGUGUUCCUUUCUGUGGUAGUUUCUAAAACAAAGGAGAAUUUUAUUCUGAAAAACUUUCAACUUUUUUACUGUAGAUAAUUACAGAGGGGUUGAGGGGCUGGGGGUGUACCCAAGGCGUUAUACACUUUCCAGAGGUCCUGUUUGCAGAACACACACAGGAAAACAAUUAUACCUUUGAAGGCGGUUGUAAAAAUGCUAAUUUUAGGGAUUAGCAGUCAGGCGAAAGGAAUGUGAGAAAAUGUGAGCGAGCUCUGUCUUCAUGCAAAGCUAUGACUGGAUGUAUGAGCUAAUCAACCAAAAGUCAAAAUGGUCCAUCUUUUAAUCAGAUGGUUCAUUUGUGGCAGGCUGGAAGGAAGACCAAAAAAAAAACACACAUUUAUAUUUUUAGAAGGUAUUGCAAACAUAGCAGGGUCUUGCUUUUCAGAAUAAACCUUGUGCCUCAAAAAUGUUGAUCAUCUGAAAUUCGUAUUUCAGCUGCGUAGUGAAGAGCCCCUUUGGCUGCCCCCCAAAUGUCUCUGUUAUAUUUAGCCGUGUGGUUGGGGUUUGGGGCCUUAAGCACCCCACAUGUUUUUCCGUUUGCUUCCUUACAUUGAGGGCUUUUACGCAGGCCUGUGCUGAUGGAUGAGGUGGGGGGGGGGGGGGGGGUGAUGACUCCAUGAUGCAUCCACAAAAUGUAUUUCUACACUGGCGUUCAGUGACACACUGAAUCUCUUUACACUAUGUGCAUGUGUAGUUCUGUGCUAUUGUUUGUGUGCACAUGCAUACCCCUGCUUGUUCCUGGAAGCUGGAAUUCCUAAAUUAGAGGGUGUGUGAAGCCAGAAAAUGUAUUUUGAGGUUAGCUAGCUUGUUGGUAGCCCUUUUCCAUCAUAGCUUUUCCAGUGAGUGUUUCAAUUUUCUCCCUUUCUCCCUAAUCAUUUACUACUAAAAGUGCCCCCCUCUCAAUAGCUACAUCACACAGACUGCCUGUCUUCCUAACAAUGCACACCCUACUAAAUGUCCCGGUUGAAAUGGGCGGAGUUCUGAAUGCAUGUGGGAUAGGACUAUGGGGGUUGGUGCCUGUCAAGAUGUGACAAGGCUACAAAACUCAUGCCAGAAUGGGGAGGGUGGAACGGAGGGGUUUUUUUUUUGUUUUGUUAUUCAAAAAGGAAUCUACUGUCCUGAAAUACUAGCUUUAUAUAUUUUUACUGGCCAUAUUAACUUUUAGUAAGUUUCAAGCUUAGUAAAGUUAAUGCAUUCAUUUUGACAUAGCGAUAUGAAGGACUAGAUUCACAUUCUUUUAUGUAGCUGCAGGACGUACUACCCCGCCCCCCCCCCCUCCCCCAAACCAUCUUUUUGGCUGAAUGUUUGAGGUACAGCAUGUUAAUAUUUUACCAUUCACUGCUUUCUGUGGGAACAAUCUACAGUCAAACCAGCUGAAAGUUUGUCAGAAAAUAGCACAUGCUCUGCAGUGAUGCACAUUUCCUGGAACCUGGCCGGUCAUCCAGUCUUCUCGAGUUUCACUGAUGUAAAUAGUGAAUUGGAAGGUCUUAAUUACUGUACUUUCACAUCCACAAGGCUAACUCUGUUUCCAGCCUGUUUUUUAAAGAUAGAAGAUUUUCACUUUUUCAUAACUUUGUCUCUUUGCCACUGACUGCCUGCUAUCAUUGCAGCCUUUGUGUUUUCUCAUUGUAUAUUUUGCUUUCCCUUUGGAAUAACUGUUUAUUACGUUUGUUGAAAAAAGUGAGCUGUAUUAUUUUAAACUGUACCUGACUACAGUUACCUAGCAAAAAGUCGCUCUCCUGUAUUGCACUUAGCUUCUCUUCCUCUGUACUUGCUGCUGUUUCCUGUAUAUGGAUGCUGUUGGCGCUUGUAAAUGCCCCUGCCAGUUUUUGAUAUAUUGUAUAUGUGUGCGUGCGUAUGUGUGUGUGUGUGUGUGAAUACACCAAGUGACAGUUCAUAAUGGUGAUGAGGCUGCCUUUAUUUUCUCCCUAAUUUCAUAAAUGAAUGGAAAAAUAAAGUUUGUAAAUUUACAUAA